GCUGAGUUUAAGUUUAAAUUUAAAACAUGUCUCGAAAUGGCAUACUUAAAACACCUGGGCGCAAAACUACCCCAUCUUCAAAGUUAAAAGAUCCCAUUGAGGUUUUCUGUCGUGUACGACCACUAAGUCCAUCUGGUGAAGAAUCUUGUGUAGAGAUUUGUAGUGAUAAAAUUGUACAGUUAAAUGCACCAAAGCAUUCAAAAACGAUCUCUAAUCGCAUUGAACAGGUCCGAUGCACUUUCAGCAAAGUUUUUAAUGAAGACACUUCCCAAUGUGAAAUUUUCGAUCACACUGGUUUGCCAUUGGUGGAAGAUGUUUUAAAUGGAAAAAAUGGAUUAUGUUUUAUGUAUGGCAUUACUGGAUCUGGUAAAACACACACUAUGAAUGGAAGUCCAUCUGAUGGUGGAGUAUUACCAAGAUGUUUGGAUGUGAUAUUUAACAGUAUUGGUUCCCUACAAACUAAUAGAUGUGUUUUUCGACCAGAUGGUUAUAAUGGUUUUGAUGUUUUAAGUGAUGAUGACGCUUAUAUAGAAGCUCAAAAGAAAGCAAGAGAAAUCGAAGCUCUUAAUAAACAGGGGAAAUACAAUGAGUUAAAUGAUGUCAUACGUGUUCCAGAUUCUUCUACUUUGCAGGUUGAUGAAGACAACAAUUACGCAGUUUUUAUAUCGUUUGUUGAAAUUUACAACAAUGCAAUAUUUGACUUACUGGAUGACACACCAAUUGAUCCUUUGAAACAAAAACAGCCAACGUCAAAGAUUCUUCGAGAAGACCAAACUCGUAAUAUGUUUGUUUAUGAAACAACUGAAGUAGAAGCUAAAAGCACAGAAGAAGCAUUUGAACUUUUUUGGAAAGGACAAACAAGGCGUAAAACAGCUCAUACUCUGCUUAACACAGAGUCAAGUAGAAGUCACUGUGUAUUUACAAUAAAGCUAGUUCAAGCACCCUUGGGACCAAAUGGUGAUGCAAUAUUACGUGAUCGAGAUCUGAUUGGUGUGAGUCAGCUUUCACUUUGUGAUCUUGCUGGCUCUGAACGACUAAGUAGAACAAAAGCUGACGGAGAUAGAGUGCGACAAGCAGGUCAUAUAAACAACUCACUGAUGACAUUACGAUCAUGUAUUGAGUGUUUACGUGAGAAUCAAAAAGCACAAGAAAGUGGUGGUGGACUAAAAAUGGUACCAUAUCGUGACUCUAAACUGACACAUUUGUUUAAAAAUUAUUUUGAUGGGGAUGGAAAGGUUCGAAUGGUUGUUUGUCUGAAUCCUAGCGCUGGUGAUUUUGAUGAAAGUCUGCAUGUUAUGCGCUUCUCAGAAAUGACACAGGAAGUGAAAAUAGCAAGAUCAGAAGGAGUCAAAUUUGAUCUGGGACUCACUCCUGGCCGUGGCAAAACUAAUAAAAUGUAUCAGGGAUCCCUUAAAGACGAUGUUACAAGCAGUGAAAUGGGUAGUCAAGAAGACUUAGUGAUGCCUCUUCAAUUGUUUGCAUCCUGGCCGUUGUUGGAGUUGGCAGGAUGUAACGACGCAACAACAUUAAUUAACUUGAUGGCUUAUUUGGAAGAAAGAAUGAGAUUGCGAAAAACUUUAUUUUCUGAUUGGAAACACAAACACUUAGAAGUUCGCAAAUCCAUACUUCAAUUGGAACAAGAUAAUAUUGAUUUGACCAAGUCUAUGGAAGAACAAAGAGCAUUACUGGUUGAAAAAGAAAGGGAAAGUAAAACAUUCGAAAAGAGGAUACGAGCAAUUAACGAAAAAAACGAUAACUUGCAAAGAUCUGUGCAAUUAUUAGACAUGCAAAAAAGACAAGCAGAGGCUGACCUCGAGAAACAAAGAGAAGCCGUACACAAAGAACGUCAAGAAAAACUUAGACUGAAACAGACAUUAAAAGACCUGACUUCUUCAGAAAGGCUUCGUUGGGAGAAAGAGUGUGACAAGAGAGUCCGCCAAACGCAAAUAGAGAUGGAAGGAGCUGUGUUAGCGAAGUCGGAAAAACUUCGCCAGCUCCGACAUGUUGUGCAGGGGCUAGACAUACCAGAAGAGAAUCAAGGCAAAGUCGAACAUCUCAUAUACGACGAAAAACCUGAUGUGGUCUCCUCCCACCAUCCUCCAGCAUCAGCACCAGCCAAAUCAAAAAGACCAGCAGUUGCCAAAAAACCACUUCAUACUCGAACAAAGACGGUUACUGGAGGAACUCCUUACGGUCGACCAAAAGUUCGGUCCAAAUCUCCCCCAGCAACUCCCUCAUCGAGAAAUAGUCAUGCUCCUCCCAUUCGAGCAAAACAUCGUCGAUCAAGAUCGUCUGAUUAUUGGUUGGAACACAAACCUGCUGAUACUUUAUCAACAAAUACUGUUAUGCAGCCUCACCUAAAAAACAAAAAGACAGUCAAAACUCCACUUGUAAAGGACUUUAAGGCGACUCCAAAUUACAUCUUGACCCAUCAGGAAGAAGAUUCUUGUGGAGAGAUUGAAACUAAGUUAAUCAAGGGCGAAGUUAUGAAGACGCGUGGUGGAGGUACAAGUGUGCAAUUUACCGACAUUGAAACUUUAAAAAAGACUUUGGGAACUAAAGGAGGCAUCAAAAUGACACCCAAGUCUUCAGGGAAAACUCCUGGUAAGAAAAGAAAAUCCGAAGGCGAAGAAGAGCCAGAUAGUGAAGACAGUUGGACCAGCAUCGAGACAAGGUGCGCUGUUGGUAUUGAGGGUAAACCAGGAGCUGAACCUGGACUGAUGCAUCAUGCUAAGAAGCACAAACAGUAGAUGAAAACAUGCAGAGAAAGAACAAACCUAUAUUUUUAUUUAUCGCUAAAAAUGACCAUAUCUUUUCAUUUAACCAUAUAUAUAUAUAAUUAAAGUUUCGUGUUUGGAUGUGUAAAAAUGAUUCACUCAGGAAAAGAUGGCCAGAAAGGUGGAGCAAUGAGAGAUUUUGAAAUUAUAAAUAAUUAUUUCCUUUGUAAUAUUAUUUUAAAAACUAAUCUGUAUUUAAUACUACUGUUUUUAUUCA